AUGAUGGUAACACCAUUUUUUCUUCUACUUCUUGUAGGCGCACAGAUUCAAAGUCAGAAACUUACUACGCGAGAGAAUGAGCUCAAUAGAAAAAACUGCGGCGUUCAUUUCCUAGGGCAGCCCAUCCAGAAGAAUCGUCUGGUUAAGAAGUCCUAUGGAGGUCGAGAAUUCGAAGAAAACGAGUAUCCUUGGUCUGUCGUAAUAUUCAUAGGAAAAACUGUGUGCAGUGGUGUUCAGAUAUCUCCACGACAUAUUCUAACAGCUACUCAUUGUGUGUUGGACUUUGAUGAAGAGGAAAGAAUAGAGCUUUGCGCCAGGGACCAGCCACACAGCAUUGUCCCCAUGCUAACGAAGCCAGAAGAGAUAACAAUUUUCAUAGGUGGCGGGAGAGACCACUGCAACAGUCUUAUUUGCCACAACAAGAAUUUAUAUAGAGCAAGAAAGAUCACAACAAAGGAAUUAAACAUGUGA